AUGACAUUUGAUGUAGAUGAGACUUUGAAACGCAUAUCCGGUAAAAAGGGAGUAAAAGCAGUAGUGAUUGUUAAUGCUGAGGGUGCUGCCAUUCGAUCCACUCUGGACCAUGAAUUGACAAAACAGUAUGGACAGUUGAUUGCUUCUUUGAUUCAACAAGCAAGAACAGCAGUAAAGACGCUUGAUGAUCAAAACGACUUGACAUUCUUAAGAGUGAGAACUAAAAAGCAUGAAAUAAUGAUUGCACCGGAUCAAGACUAUCUAUUGAUCGUGAUUCAAAAUCCAAGUGAAGUUAUUCAGCAAUAG